AGAGUCUCAAAGGAAAUCUUGCUUUUAAAUUGCAGUUAAAACUAGACACUGGUGCAGCCAAGCAGAUAAAGGUACAAUUUGUAGGUCGUAUCAGUUACACAAGUAACGAAGGAAGACAAUUACAUAACUUGUGCCUUUCCAGGCCUCAAACUCACGGAUUACGACAUCUGAUCACCUAGCCCAGAAAGUAUCCGUAGCUCCUACCACCACACCACCUCACAAAAGAUGGCGGACACGUACGUAAUGCUCGCAGGGAAGGUUAUGUGUAAGGCGACUUUCACUCGUUUUCACUUUGGCAGAAUAUGAAGGAGCAAUUCAUCAAAAGAAUUUUCCAUUGUGACAAAUUUAUGAUCGGCUAUGGAACAUAACGUUAUCAACUGAACAAGUUGCAGCCUUACAAGAUGGCCGCCGUUAUAGUUACAGACGAUAUCAUGCGGUAUACUGUGGAGAUUGGUGACGUCACCAGAAUUGAGGACUGGGUUUAUGCUAAGGUAGACCUUUCUAAAUGGAGAGACAUAUCCGGCAACAACUUUUACCAUCUCUGCGUCUUGUGCGGGAAGCCAUCUGUACUUGAAAAGAUUGACCAGACUUUCCCACAGUAUCGUUGUCUUGUUAAACAAGAGAACGGGAAUGGAAUGACUCCGUUGCUGAUGUGUUGCAAAUCUGGGCCCUACAUCGACUCGGCAACAACGCUGGCUACCAUUGAUCUCCUGCUGCGAUUAGACGGGCAACCGACGAUGCAAACAUUCAGCAAAUGUAUAUCAGUUGCCAAGGAACACAACGACAUUCGUGUAUAUUUACGAUGGAGGAAGGGAAGCCCAUCCGGACUACCCAAUUUCAUCAAAAAGGAAAAUAAUGAUAUCAUAUUGAAAUACAUCAACGUUGUGGAGACGGUGGACAAAGGCAAGACAAAACGCUACCAGAAGUGCAUGCUAGAACGGCAAGGAGUGUUUGAGCACAUCAGGAUAUUUUACGUUGGACCAGAAGGAGUAGGCAAGUCUACUCUAUGCAGACGUAUGACAAAUCGUUCUACUCAGAAUAUCAGAAGUACCGAUCUGAUGGAUUCAUCAAUGAACCGCCUCGCCGUCAAUUUAAGAACUUGCCAACGGCGGGAAAUACAUGAAGAUACGGCGUACCAGUUAUCGAUAGAAAAGAUCAGGAAGGAAAUUCACCAUUCCGAUCAGAAAUUGCACCCUCCAGUAGGUGUGACCUCACCAACCACAUCAAAACCUCCAACAAGACCAAACGACGGUGAACGAUUGGACACGUUGUCAAAUGAAGUGAAAGAAAAUGAUGUUCCAAAGCACACAUUAGAUCGCCAAAAAUCGUCCUUCAAAUUCCCUCUUGGUAGUUAUGGGCAACAGAGUGAGCGAGAGAAAAAAUUGAUUUACAAUGCUGCCGAAAUCAACUUUGCCGGAGAUUUGCAGAAAUCGACAGACGAAGAGGCGUACAUUUCGCUGUGGGAUUUUGCAGGAGAAGAGCUGUACAUGAAUACAAACCACCUAUUCCUGACCGGGGACGCUGUGUUUUUACUGCUCUUCAAUAUUGUUCAAUGUAUCAACGAUUCUCGUCACAUAAAACGACUCCAUAUGUGGCUGAAAUCGAUCGACGCAUUAUCUGAGGAUCGUAGCUCACCCACCUUGCAGGCCCCACCCAUAGUGCUUAUAGGAACACACCUGGAUCAGCUCCCUGGAUCGGACUCGGAGAAAACGCUCCAAGCUGAAUCAUUCUACUCUGAUAUCGUGACCAGACAUCCCGUUAUGGCGGCCAUCGCCGAACGUCACAUUGUUACGUUCUUCCCAUUAGACAACCUGAAGGAUGACAACCCUAUGUACGAAAUGUUAUGGUAUGCCAUUGUGAAAGCAGCACAACAUCAGUCCCAUUGGAAAUGCCCUGUUCCCAUGGUAUGGCUUGCUUUGGAACGAGAUAUAAUGCUGGCUAAAGGCAAGAGGGUGCGGGUCAUGACACUGGAUGAAGUAAUUGAGAAAGUCAAAGGGCUUGAAGUUGAAGUAAAAGAAGGGGAAUUCGGUGUAGAGGAAUGUUUAAGAUAUCUGCACCGGACAGGAAUCAUACUUUGCUUCGGGACCGACAGUCCGGAUAGUAAAAUAAUAACAGAUCCUCAAUGGCUUGCUAGGGGAUUUAGGGCCAUCAUCACCGCUCGCAAUUUCAUGCCGGACAUUCCAGAACACUCUGAGGUGAUGGAUCAUUAUUACAAGACAGGCGAGAUAACUCUUGCUCUGAUCAAAUUGCUUUGGGGAAAAGAAAAAGAAGAUGGCUUCCUACAGCAUGAACCCGUGCUUAUUGCAUACAUGGUUCGCCUCGGUCUGCUCACACCACCACUCUCUGAAGGAGGAAUAGACAUCGACGAAGUCUUUUUCGUGCCAUCUAUCCUCCCUGAAGCUGAACCAGAAAAAAUACAGCAUCUCAUAGAAAAUACGUACACACAAAGGAGUGCAACGUUGUGCUUUGUUUUUAUAAAUGUCUUCGUUUCGUCACCAGUUUAUGACAAAGUCAUGGCAUUCUGCAUUCACAAUUUCGGCAAAGCUGAUUUGACAUUCAUGGAGCAGGGAUACUGUCUCCAAAGAGGUCUUGGAUGUUUUCGUCUGAAUAGACGAAGAAACAUGGUUCUACAUUGCCAGGACUCAAUCAUCAAACUAACAAUGUUCUCUUCAACAUCAGAUGAUGCAUUGGAAGCAGGUGAAGGGUUUCACCUGAAAAAUGUACUGACAGCGAUGUUAAAAACAGUUCUGGUCACUAAUCAGCAGGGACACCUUGUGAAAGAGUUCGACCUUUUUCUAGACAAAUCAUAUCGUGUCACUAACGACGGCAAAUACGUGAGGGAGUCAGACCUCGCACAAUCGUCUGAACCGUUGGACUGUUCCGGUCCAGCCAACAGCAAAACUGUCUGCAAGUCCGAUUGGGAUGUUUGGUUUGUUGAUCCAUCUUUGAGAGCUGAUGUUAUGGAAUCAGCAACGGUAAGCCCUUUCAACACAGUCAAGCGAUUUACAUCCAAGCAAAUGAGCCGAAUUGCAAAAUAUAUUGGCUCAAGUUACUGCCUCCUCUUCACUGAGCUCGGAAUGAAACUGCAUGAAAUGGAACAGGUACGGGAGAGCUACUCCAGUGAAUGCUUCAGAACAUUCAUUACCCAACUUCUGUGUAAAUGGCAGAAUGGAUUACCUCCCAAGUCGUCCAUCCAGAGCAUCUACACAGCACUUUCAGCUAACCAUGUAGAAACAAGCCUUCUCUCUACCGAACUGCAGAGUGACAUAGCGUCAAUGGAUCCUUCCGAUGAAGACGCUUGCAGAGUUCCGAAUGAGAACGACAUAGACUGUAUUGCUCUCCGGCUGAACAAGUCAUACGUUAUUUUCUUUUUGGAACUUGGUAUGGAGAUUGCAGAGGUUGAUCAAGCAAUGCUUGAUUGCAAAAAUGUGAGACGGGCUUUCACCAAAUUAUUGAAACAAUGGGUCGAUCGAUGUGGUCAGACAGCUUCGAUGGGUCGGAUCUACAAAGCUAUGCAGGAAUGUGGUAUGGAGCAUAACUCAUUACGAGAAUGAAAUCAGUAUGGACGAUGAACAGUUUGACUGUUUUGAAGACGACGAACAACACAGUAGGACACAUGUUCGUCAACGACUUUAUAAUAUGUAUCUUAAGUUGUUUUACAAGUAUAACACACAGCCAUUGGCUACGAGUUCUUCUCAUAUGUCAUACAUAAAUGCAGGAUGUGACAACUGUAUAUGGACAUCAAUUUUCUUGCUGCUAACACCCACCGUUCAUACGAAUCGCACUAUCGUACACACGCAUCUGUGUACAAUGAAAGAGAGAGAGAGAUUUGAUAUUGAAAGGAAAUAUUUUCAUAUAUUUUCUGCAUUUUCAAUGCGUUGUCCUUGAUAUAUAGAAAAGGAACUUUUACACGAAUAUACAUUAUGAAAAUAUAAUCUUGAUUCUAAUAGAAUAUGGAAGUGAAUUGCAGUUUUUUUUCAUACCGUAGGUAAGUGUUAAGAUCAACUAAAAUGAGUAUUGAUUCCUUUUUAUUAUGAGAUUAAACUUCAGCUGUUUUCACUGCUGAUAUUAUAAUACUGUAUAACACGAAAUGUUCGUUGUGUAUAAACAUUCGUGGUUUUCGUGGUUGAACCACGAAAAUUAAUACAACGAAUUUAUAUGAUAUACGUGUAUACUGUUGGUUAACAUAGGAUUUCCACGAAAGUUUGUAGCACGGAACCAUCCUAAAGGCUUCAAACGACGAAGGAAAGUACCCACGAACAUUGCGUGUUAUACAGUGAUACCUCUUCCGCAGCAGCAGCAUUCCUUUACACAGCAGUUAGCUGUAAUCUCCGCUGAUAUCAUCAACGUUUUCUGCAACUCUGAUUCACUCGCGCGACCAUAUGUUAUCAAACGUUACAUAUACAUUCGUUUCUAAAUGAUUUCUUCCAAUGUGGUCUACCCAGCAACUCCUAAGAAUGUGUGUCCACUGUAAACGUUGACUGCCACGGUGGCCUUUACAAGCCGUGAUUUCAUAAUAGAGGAAUAUUGGUUGGCAAUAAAACUCACAUGCACUAAGACUUAAUCAAAAGUUGGCAUAAAGAACACUCAUCAAAAUUAUCGACGUAGCAGUAAUUGUUGCUGGCUGACAUCGAUGACGUAAUGUUGACAUCCGUUUCUAAGAGUUAACAAAUGUCAGUCAGAAACCAUUAGAAAAUUUCCAUCUGGAUUUGACUUUACCGCGUAAACGGUCCAUGAUGUCUCUAACAAUGCAACUGAACAAACCGAACAAUUUCCGAUUGAACACAUUCAUAUGUAAUAUUAAGAUAGUACAACUUGCUGUCAAUCUUAAGGUCGAUGCAUUUCAAUACCUAUGGUUAGAACAGGCCGUAUAUCUGAUAACGUGUCAGGGCCAAAUUGUCGGAAGCCUAGUUAGCUUAGGUGAAUACAUCUCUCAUUAAUGCUGGAUUACAAAGAUGACUUUGAAAACACAAACAAGAUGAUAAUAACUUUGAUGAAGCAUUGAACAAUAUUAUCAGAUUAAAUGAGAAAUAGUUCAAAUGAAAUAUUAAGUGUAUAUAAGCUUGUAUCUUAAAUAAAUAAAAAAUGGU